GUCGGCGAUUCCAAGAAAAUAUUGACUAUUGAGUCACUUGCUUCUACCCAGACUUCCUCCCCUCCUUUCUCUCUACACAACACCUCAGCAGACUCUGGCUCUCACGAUGGAUACUACUUGCCCCCUUCCAUUCCUCGCCAGUGUCGACUUCACCAAGGAGGUUGUAAAAGGCGAGGAUUGCCUGACGCCCACUCAGCUGUCUUAUCUAGGAUGCGUUCACCUGGCUGCCACCACUCAGACCAUUGACGGUCUCCUCCAAUACCUACAGGCCAACCCUGCCCUCGAAGCAUAUGUGGAUGUCUCCGAAGUCGAGUCCACCGACGACAUCCUCACGAUCCUCGACGCCGGCGCCUGCAAGAUCUUUGUCAAAUCAACACAAUUGAAAGCAUUGGAAGCAUAUGGAGACCGGGCGGUUCCUAUCCUCAAUGUUGGCGAUGGGUCACAAGCAUAUGAUAAUGGUGUCUUUCUCAGAGCCGCAGAUCUGCAGACAACUGAGGCUAGUCUGAAGAAGUUGGCCACCUGGAAUACCUCACCCAUUUAUGUUAUGACAGACUCGAUCGAUGACGAUGUUAUUAUCAAUCUGGCGAAAGAGCACUCGGCGGUUCCAAUUGUGCCAUCUACAAGCCUUACUGUUGAACGAGCAUCGAGAGACAAGGUAUCCAUCUCAGCAGUCAUCGCAGGCACAUGGAGCUCAGACCGCGAAGAUAAAUUAGUUCCCACCAUGGUGACCGACGAGAGAGGCAUUGCCCUUGGAUUGGUAUACAGCAGUCAAGAAAGUUUGGCAGAGUCGUUGAAGACUGGGACGGGUGUAUACCAGAGUAGAAAGCGGGGCUUGUGGUACAAGGGUGCGACAUCGGGUGCCAUUCAGGAACUGGUUCGGAUUUCUUUGGAUUGUGAUCAGGAUUGCUUGAGGUUUAUGGUUCGUCAGAAGGGCCGUGGUUUCUGCCACUUGCCCCAAUCGACAUGUUUUGGUGACCUCCGUGGAAUUGCCAAGCUUGAAAAGACAUUAGUUUCGAGAAAGGCCUCCGCACCAGAAGGAUCAUACACGGCUCGAUUAUUUUCAGACGAGAAGCUAUUGCGAGCCAAGAUUAUGGAAGAAGCCGAAGAACUGUGUGAUGCCAAAACUAAGAGCGAAGUGGCCUUCGAGGCAGCGGAUUUGAUUUAUUUUGCCCUCACCAAGGCAGUCAGUGCUGGCGUUAGUGUUGCGGAUAUUGAGCGAAACCUCGAUGCCAAAAGCGUCAAGGUUAAGCGAAGACAAGGAGAUGCAAAGGGUCAAUGGGCCGCGAGAGAAGGUAUCACAAAUGGUAAACCUGCCGAGGUCAAAGAAAGCGUUAAAGAAGCUGCUUCCGUUCCCAAGUCCAAGGACGAUCCUGCUGGGCUAAAAGAUGGCCGCAUCUCAAUGAGACGUUAUGAUGCUGCUACAGCGUCGCUUGAGGAGCUCCGAGCUGCUCUCCAGAGACCCUCGCAACGUUCAACAGAGACAAUCAUGGGCAUUGUCAAUCCAAUUAUCAAAGGUGUUCAAGCAGGCGGAGAUAAGGCCUUGCUGGAGUAUACCCACAAAUUUGAAAAGGCGACAUCCCUCACAUCACCCGUUCUUAAAGCUCCUUUCCCACAAUCUUUGAUAGAUCUGCCACCGGAGACCAUCGAAGCAAUCGAUGUCUCGUACGAAAAUAUCCGCAAAUUCCACGCAGCACAAAAGGAGGACAAGCCUCUGCAAGUUGAGACCAUGCCUGGAAUAGUCUGUAGUCGAUUCGUCCGACCCAUUGAACGAGUUGGCUUGUAUGUUCCCGGAGGAACCGCAGUUCUACCGUCCACAGCACUUAUGCUUGGUGUCCCAGCUAUGGUGGCGGGAUGUAAAACUAUAGUCCUAGCAUCACCACCGCGGGCAGAUGGAAGCAUCACUCCAGAAAUCGUCUACGUUGCCCACAAGGUUGGCGCUGAGUCUAUUGUACUCGCAGGUGGUGCUCAAGCCGUUGCUGCCAUGGCAUAUGGUACUGAGUCCGUCUCCAAGGUUGACAAGAUUCUUGGUCCAGGAAACCAGUUCGUCACCGCCGCAAAGAUGUACGUUUCCAACGAUACAAACGCUGGCGUUAGUAUCGACAUGCCAGCUGGUCCAUCCGAAGUCCUGGUCAUUGCAGACAAGCACGCCAACCCGGCAUUCGUUGCCUCGGAUCUCCUCUCACAAGCCGAGCACGGUGUUGACAGCCAAGUCGUCCUCAUUGCUAUUGAUCUCUCUGAGAAGGAGCUGGCUGCCAUCGAAGACGAGCUGCACAACCAGGCCAUGGCUCUUCCAAGAGUCGACUUGGUUCGUGGCGCAAUCGAGCACUCUGUCACCCUGGUCGUCAAGGAUAUCAAGGAAGCCAUGACACUCAGCAAUGACUAUGCACCCGAGCAUUUGAUCCUUCAAGUCAAGGAUGCAGAAAGCGUAGUAGAUAUGGUGCAGAACGCUGGAUCAGUAUUCAUCGGUGAAUGGACACCAGAGAGUGUAGGCGAUUACUCUGCUGGUGUGAACCACUCGUUACCAACCUACGGCUACGCAAAGCAAUACUCCGGCGUCAACCUCGGCUCCUUCACCAAGCACAUCACCAGCUCCAACCUCACCGCGCAAGGUCUCCGCAACGUUGGCAGCGCAGUCAUGCAGCUGGCCAAGGUUGAAGAACUUGAGGCUCACAGACGAGCAGUCAGCAUUCGCAUCAAGUACAUGGACGAGAAUAAGAUUUGAACAUACGAUAAUGAGGAAGCAUGACAUACGAGGGGUUGGUGGUUUACAAGGAUUUCACUUGAGCUCAAGCUUUCCACCUUCAAAUCCACGAUUUUUUCUCAACCUUAGCGAAUCAAAAAUAGCUGCAUUACAAAACACCUGACGCACAGCCAUCCACGCCUGUGAUUCCAUUCAAGAAAAACUUUCAAAUCACACUCAUCUCCUAAUCUUGCACUCUUUUGCUGUGAACAUUCACCACUUGCCCGAAUUGUUCACGCUAAGCUACUGAUUGCAUCAAGAAAAACUGCAGUCACGGUACCGCCACUUUGUGUCACGGCUAUAAAUACACUGUUCGAGCUCCGGCAUGUGCCCAAAAUAUCUUUACAGACAGGAAUACGAUUCUAGUCUUGGCAGUCAAGCGUGAGAUUGAUGCGGGUAUGGAAAGAGAUAAAGAAAAGAGGACAAGGGCAGGAUCCUUUGAUUUCGGUUUCGAGGUGGAUGGGUUUUGUGAUUUCCCCUGCGACACCACUCUGCCUUUGCGGAGAGGGGGAAAAAAAAGCGCAAGCUGAAGAGUGUACAAUGCGGAUAGGGCAUUUUUGCUGUUCUGGAUAUUGGGCUGUGUUUUCGGCGUCAAUGGAUUUUUGGGUGGGCCGUGGCAUUUUAAGCGAGGUGUUUUGUUGACUGUUCCCUUUGCGAAAGAUUUCGUGGCGCCUGAACACCGUUUGCUAAUGGGAUUGCUAAUUUAACAGUAGCUGAGAAUUCUACUGGGAGGAAUUUCAUAUCUGUUAGUAGCUAUCACUGGGCUUGAGCUUGUUCUGGUGGAGGCAGUUUG